AUGGCAAUUCCUUCAUUGAUGCCAGCCGCUGAACUGCAAGCGCCCUAUCAAUUUCCGGCGUCACAAGGCGAUGCGUCUACCUCUACGAUAGCCAAGCCAGGAGCGCCAAGUCGCGCAGCAAGAUACGAUUCGGAUCAAGGUCCCCUCCCCUCCCCCUCGGAGCUGCUUGAGCCUUUCUCGGCCAGUUGGAACAGCCCUCGUCCAGCGCCUACGCCUCCGUCUGGAGGUACCAGAAAUGGCUCUCACAACAAGAGCGCGUCCGAGGGAGCCGUGUUGGCUUCGCAGGCACUUGGGUCACAACAGGACCACAGCGCGACCGCCAACGAGAAGCCAUGGACCUUUCGCAGACCCGGCGCCGUCGCACCAGAGUCUCCACGGGCUUCAUCUGACCAGCAAUCCUCAUCUGCCAGCCCUCGGGGAUCAGGUUCCAAGUCAGACAGGAGUCUGGCUGGCAAGAUGCCUAUCAUCCAACCACGGGACGAGAGCUUGGGCUGCCUUGCAAGACAGCAAAGGAAAAGGGAGAAGGGCAAGCAGAAGGCGGAAGAGCGUCGUUCUCGACCCAAGGAAAAGGAGGUGAAGCGAGGGCAAGGCGCAUCUGCUCACGUACCUGACGCCUUCCGGUCAGAAGCGACAUUUCGGCCGACCCCUGCCUCUACCUUACCGAGGUCUCUCCGAAGACCGAUGCUGCCAGCUGCAUACAUGCAUCAGACGCCCGCAAGGAUGCCAGAGCAUGUUCGUCAUCGCAGUCACGGUGAUGGCGAUGCCUCCGUACGAUCACCACUCACCUCGACGGAACGCACGCGAUCGCCGCCGCCGCCAGAUGCACGAUCUCUGCAGCUUCCACCAUCACCCGAAAGCUUAUUCUCUCGGCCUUUGUUACCUGCACGUUCCUCAUCUCAGCAGUCGUGGUAUCCUGACCGCGACUUCCAGGUAGAUGAUGGGACAGCUUCCCCCGCUUCACGACCCUCGCAGCUUGUCAGCGAGGAUCAUGACGGCAGCAACACUGCUCAAUCGUCCGAGGAAGCAACAAAGCAGUCGGAAAUUGAUGUGAUGUUCGCAGCUGCAGAUCACUGUCGCAAGCGUCAAGGGAGUAGGAUUCAGCUUGGCGACUUCAUGUCACCUGUGCUUGAGCAGAGGGAGAGCACUGAUCUUCGACCGUCGACGGACAUUGCUACGUCUCCUGCUCGUAAGCACGGACUCAGUCGGAGUGUCGAUCUACUACGCAACUUUGACGACUCGGAUCAGAGGGUGCACUUCGCGGCAAGUCCACACAAGUUCUCGCCAUCGUCUAAUAUGCAGCGAGCGGGAUCGAAUCCUUCCAAUCAUGCCGUACAGAACAGUCACAGUGCUAGUAUUCUCGAUCGCAAGUAUGGGCUCUCAUCCGACGCAAACGCAGAUCCAGCCACCAGAGCCUUCAAUGUAGGAUCGUUGUCAAGUGGGUUCAAGAGGAAGCCGACCUGGGUGCGUCCUACCAGGACAGCUUCAAUGAGCGGCUCUACUAGCGGAGACAACCCGGCUGGUCAAUUGACAUUUGGAAAUCCAUGGAUUCUAAGUCCAAAGCAAGUGGCUCGGGCCGAGGCUGCUGCUGCUGCUGCUGCUGCGCAAGAGAAGACGAGAGGAGGAUCUGCCGCCCCCCUUAUGGGCAAGGAUCGAUGGUAUCAUCUCUGGACUGCCACAAAAGGUCUCGCCAAUCGUCCUAAGAUCAUAGCCGUUCAGGGCAUGAGCAGGGGCAAGACAGUGGACGCUGAUCAGAGUGACGACGACGACCUCUUUGGCAGCGUCUCCGACUAUAGGGGCCGUCGAACCUCGGAGCAGAGCUCGUCUGCAGCACCUUAUGACAGCCUGAUCGUCGGUCAAGAGCUUUCAACGGCUUUGCAGCGCCGAUCCACUGAGCCCGCGGUGCGACCAAUUCUGAUCCUUCCCGAUGUCGAAAGUGGGCCAACAUCUCCUAUCAUGGCUCCGCGUACACCUCCAAGCCGCAAAGCAGUUCCCUCACCUUCCACUGGCACCCUCGCUGUACCGUCAUCCCCAUUGCCGAAGACUCUUUCAGGCCAGAACCACAGGCGAUACGAUCUCGAACCCGAUUCGCCGGUGGUACCAGCAAUGUGGCGCUCGGACGCAGAAGCCUUCGACAAUACCCCUCAACCAUCUCCGACAGUCCUUACUACUACACUGUUCGAGACUGUUGACGAAACCGAGAUGGAGAACCAAGCAGAUGCUGAAAGUGGUGACGACUUCGAAGAGGUGAUGUCAGUCAUCCGGGAUGGCUCGCCGACGCCUGAGAGAUCCGUCGGUGCUGUGCAAACUGUCAAUGUCGUCAACGCCAAGCCCGGCCAGGUCAACGAGGAUCAUAGGGCAGUAUCAAGGGCAGCGGCUGUGACCGACCUGGAGGAGGACCAGCUAGAUCUCCAUGAGUCAGACUCCGUGGCCGAGAUGAAUAAGCGAGACGAAAGCGCAAGCACUACCGACCCCAAAAGUCACACCGCAGACGACGCUACAGUCGAUCUGGCUUCCCUGCUUGCCGCACACAAGAACAAGAGGGCAAGCUCUGCUACGCACGAAGCGCCUGAAACGCAAGUCAAGGCAACGCAGGAGAUUGACGAGUCGCUGGUGCACAUCGACGAUGAAGAGCCAUCUUUUCUUGAGUCCUUCAUAGACGACGGUGGUGCGUCCUCCGACGAGGGCGAAGGAGAUCUGACUGCUACUCAACCCAAGCAAAGAGAGAGUGGAGACGGUGCUCACAGCUGGCUGCGACCCGCCUCACAAUCCUCCAAUGCAUCGAGCAACACUCGGGUGCUCUCCAUUGGCUCGCUACUGAAGCUCAGCGAGCAGGAGACCAUACAGGAGGAAGACGAGUCGCGAGAGGUGCAACAUGAGUCCCCCGCUUGGGACGGAGACAUUAUCUUCCGACCUUCACCAAAUCCGUCAUCCCUGGACAAGUCCGUCUUUCCCAAUCGCCAAGCGAGCAGUAGCGACGGUCACGACAGUAGAGUCAGCCAGCAGUCUUUGAACCACCCAUACAGCUUCGGCUCUACGUCUUCGCCGCCUACAGAGACUUCCAGCACUGAUCGCUUCAGAUUUCCGCGCCCACCAAGCGAGAAGCCUCAAACUGCUGCGCGCAUCUCUAUGACUCGUCAGACGUCAGACGAGGAGAACGUCAAUCCCAACACAAACGGCAGCAUUAGCAACGACGAUGAGAAGGCCGACUCCGUAGACAGCAUAGUCUCCCACAAUCGUCGGGAUCAACACACUUCCAAUCCUUCCAUCUCCUCGCAAUCCUCCGAUGCCACCAAUCUAAGUCACUUUGGCUUUCCCAGCCUGCUAGGCUCAGAACCUAGCAGGGACGCUUCACAGCGACUAUCAUCCUCUUCCUUCUCUCCUUCAAAGAGGACUAGCGUCUCGACGCCCUUGGCCGUCAUUGGAGGCACAGGAAGCAAGCGACUCUCCAAUUCCUACCUCAAUGGGCCUUCCUGGGCCAGUCCCCAACGAGCAGCUACCAACGGCAGCGACGAUCUGCGAUCUCGCACCGUCGUCUCACCGGUCAGCAACGGCACAGUCCACCCCGCGCCGCCCUUGGGGUCGUAUGUUCGCCAUCGCCCAACCUUUUCUAGCGACUCGUCCAGCAGUCAAGCGACAGGUCGCUCCGACUACUCGUCCAAUUUCCUGCACAGCGAAAUCCCACACAAGCCAGAAGAGGAGAACGCUCAGGAAGUCGUUGCGGAUGAGGAAAAGAAGGACAUGGACGCGGAUGAGCGCUCGAUGGGCCUGCUGGGCCGCAAGGUGGGGGACAUCGUCGCUUGA